UUGCUCUCUUCUCGCGAGAACUGCUCCUCCCAUCCUCUCCUCUCACGAAGCCCCGCCCGCGAAGAGGUUCCAUAUUGGGUAAAAUCUCAGCUCUCGGAGAGUCCCGGGAGCAGUUCUCGCGAGAGUACUGCGGGAGGCUCCUGUUUGCUGGCUGUGGAACCGCGACCACUGGAGCCUCAGCGGGCGCAGCAGCUGGAUCCGGAGUACUGCGACGCAGCUCGGAGUCGGCCUUGUAGGGACGAAGGUGCAGGGAGAUCGCGGCGGGCGCAGCCUUGAGCGCCGGAGCGCGGCCCUGCCCUUAGCGGGGCUUGCCCCAGUCGCAGGGGCGCAUCCAGCCGCGGCGGCUGACAGCAGCCGCGCGCGCGGGAGUCUGCGGGGUCGCGGCAGCCGCACCUGCGCGGGCGACCAGCGCAAGGUCCCCGCCCGGCUGGGCGGGCAGCAAGGGCCGGGGAGAGGGUGCGGGUGCAGGCGGGGGCCCCAUAGGGCCACCUUCUUGCCCGGCGACUGCCGCUGGAAAAUGUCUCAGGAGAGGCCCACGUUCUACCGGCAGGAGCUGAACAAGACAAUCUGGGAGGUGCCCGAGCGUUACCAGAACCUGUCUCCAGUGGGCUCCGGCGCCUAUGGCUCUGUGUGUGCCGCUUUUGACACAAAAACGGGGUUACGUGUGGCAGUGAAGAAGCUCUCCAGACCAUUUCAGUCCAUCAUUCAUGCCAAAAGAACCUACAGAGAACUGCGGUUACUUAAACAUAUGAAACAUGAAAAUGUGAUUGGUCUGUUGGACGUUUUUACACCUGCAAGGUCUCUGGAGGAAUUCAAUGAUGUGUAUCUGGUGACCCAUCUCAUGGGGGCAGAUCUGAACAACAUUGUGAAAUGUCAGAAGCUUACAGAUGACCAUGUUCAGUUCCUUAUCUACCAAAUUCUCCGAGGUCUAAAGUAUAUACAUUCAGCUGACAUAAUUCACAGGGACCUAAAACCUAGUAAUCUAGCUGUGAAUGAAGACUGUGAGCUGAAGAUUCUGGAUUUUGGACUGGCUCGGCACACAGAUGAUGAAAUGACAGGCUACGUGGCCACUAGGUGGUACAGGGCUCCUGAGAUCAUGCUGAACUGGAUGCAUUACAACCAGACAGUUGAUAUUUGGUCAGUGGGAUGCAUAAUGGCCGAGCUGUUGACUGGAAGAACAUUGUUUCCUGGCACAGACCAUAUUGAUCAGUUGAAGCUCAUUUUAAGACUCGUUGGAACCCCAGGGGCUGAGCUUUUGAAGAAAAUCUCCUCAGAGUCUGCAAGAAACUAUAUUCAGUCUUUGACUCAGAUGCCGAAGAUGAACUUUGCGAAUGUAUUUAUUGGUGCCAAUCCCCUGGGCCUGACCUAUGAUGAAGUCGUCAGCUUUGUGCCACCGCCCCUCGACCAAGAAGAGAUGGAGUCCUGAGCACCUGGUUUCUGUUCUGUCGAUCCCACUUCACUGUGAGGGGAAGGCCUUUUCACGGGAACUCUCCAAAUAUCAUUCAAGUGCCUCUUGUUGCAGAGAUUUCCUCCAUGGUGGAAGGGGGUGUGUGUGCGUGUUAGUGUGUGUGCAUGUGUGUGUCUGUCUUUGUGGGAAGGUAAGACAAUAUGAACAAACUAUGAUCACAGUGACUUUACAUGAGGUUGUGGAUGCUUCAGGGCAGCCUCUACCUUGCUCUUCUUUCUGAGAGUUGGCUCAGGCAGGCAAGCUGCUGUCUUUUUAGGAUUAUGUUCAAUGCAAAGUAAAAAAAUAUGAAUUGUCCCCAAUCCUGGUCAUGCUUUUGCCACUUUGGCUUCUCCUAUGACCCCCACCUUGACGGUGGGGCAUAGACUUGACAACAUCCCACAGUGGCACAAGAGAAGGCCCACACCUUCUGGUUGCUUCAGACCCGACGCUGUCCCUCAGUGAUGCGUACAGCCAAAAAGGACCAACCGGCUUCUGUGCACUAGCCUGUGAUUAACUUGCUUCGUAUGGUUCUCAGAUCUUGACAGGUGUAUUUGAAACUGUAAAUAUGUUUGUGCCUUAAAAGGAGAGAAGAAAGUGUAGAUAGUUAAAAGACUGCAGCUGCUGAAGUUCUGAGCCGGGCAAGUCGAGAGGGUUGUUGGACGGCUGCUUGUGGGCCCGGAGUAACCAGGUAGCCUUCAGAGGCGGUCAUGUGUGCAUGUGAGUGCAUGCGUAUAUGUGCGUCUCUCUUUCUCCCUCACCCCCAGGUGUUGCCAUUUCUCUGCUUACCCUUCACCUUUGGUGAAGAGGUUUCUUGAAUAUCUGCCCCAGUAGUCAGAAGCAGGUUCUUGAUGUCAUGUACUUCCUGUGUACUCUAUUUCUAGCAGAGUGAGGAUGUGUUUUGCAUGUCUUGCUAUUUGAGCAUGCACAGCUGCUUGUCCUGCUCUCUUCAGGAGGCCCUGGUGUCAGGCAGGUUUGCCAGUGAAGACUUCUUGGGUAGUUUAGAUCCCAUGUCACCUCAGCUGAUAUUAUGGCAAGUGACAUCAUCCUCUCUUCAGCCCCUAGUGCUAUUCUGUGUUGAACACAAUUGAUAUUUCAGGUGCUUUUGAUGUGAAAAUCAUGAAAAGAGGAACAGAUGGAUGUACAGCAUUUUCAUUCAUGCCAUCUGUUUUCAACCAACUUUUUUUGAGGAGUUAUCAUGGGAAAGAUCAGGGCUUUUCCCAGGAAUAUCCCAAACUUCAGAAACAAGUUAUUCUCUUCACUCCCAAUAACUAAUGCUAAGAAAUGCUGAAAAUCAAAGUAAAAAAUUAAAGCCCAUAAGGCCAGAAAACUGCUAUCUUCCUCUAAAUAUGAUUACUUUAAAAUAAAAAAGUAACAAGGUGUCUUUUCCACUCCUCUAUGGAAAAGGGUCUUCUUGGCAGCUUAUCAUUGACUUCUUGGUUUGGGGAGAAAUAAAUUUUGUUUCAGAAUUUUGUAUAUUGCAGGAAUCCUUUGAGAAUGUGAUUCCUUUUGAUGGGGAGAAAGGGCAAAUUAUUUUAAUAUUUUGUAUUUUCAACUUUUUAAAGAUAAAAUAUCCUCAGGGGUGGAGAAGAGCUGUUUUCAUAAUUUGCUGAAUUUCAGGCAUUUUGUUCUACAUGAGGACUCGUAUAUUUAAGCCUUUUGUGUAAUAAGAAAGUAUAAAGUCACUUCCAGUGUUGGCUGUGUGACAGAAUCUUGUAUUUGGGCCAAGGUGUUUCCAUUUCUCAAUCAGUGCAGUGAUAAACGUACUCCAGAGGGACCGGGUGGACCCCCGAGUCAGCUGGAGCAAGAAGGAAGGAGACAGACUGAUGUUGAUUCCCUCUCAGCCGGGACUCUCCCCCUUUCAAGGAGAGUGAACGUAAAGGCCUCAUCUCCUUUAUUGCAGUUCAAAUCCUCACCAUCCACAGCAAGAUGAAUUUUGUCAGCCAUGUUUUGGUUGUAAAUGCUAGUGUGAUUUCCUACAGAAAUACUGCUCUGAAUAUUUUGUAAUAAAGGUCUUUGCACAUGUGACCACAUACGUGUUAGGAGGCUGCAUGCUCCGGAAGCCUGGACUCUUAAGCUGGAGCUCUCGGAAGAGCUCUUCGGUUUCUGAGCAUAAUGCUCCCAUCUCCUGAUUUCUCUGAACAGAAAACAAAAGAGAGAAUGAGGGAAAUUGCUAUUUUAUUUGUAUCCAUGAACUUGGCUGUAAUCAGUUAUGCCAUAUAGGAUGUCAGACAAUACCACUGGUUAAAAUAAAGCCUAUUUUUCAAAUUCAGUGAGUUUCUCAAGUUUAUUAUAUUUUCCUCUUGUUUUUAUUUAAUGCACAAUAUGGCAUUAUAUCAAUAUCCUUUAAACUGUGACCUGGCAUACUUGUCUGACAGAUCUUAAUAUUACUCCUAACAUUUAGAAAAUGUUGAUAAAGCUCCUUAGUUGUACAUUUUUUGGUGAAGAGUAUCCAGGUCUUUGCUGUGGAUGGGUAAAGCAAGGAGCAGAUGACGAGGUAUUAAGCACUGGGGCCUGUCUUAUCUCCACGCGAAGGUAAGAGUGGCCGAAACGACAGGGCUCAGCAGACUGUGGCCUGAAGGCCAAAUCUGGCCCACCACCCGUUUGGUGUAGUCUGCUAAGAAUGGCUUUUACAUUUUUAAAUGGUUGGGAAA